UUAUUAUCACUGGUGUGUAAGUAAAAUUGUGCUUAGCAAAAUGUGGCUGCUAUUCAUUGUUAAUUUAACAAAUUGAAACUGGAAUCACUUGAUCAAAAUCAGAUUGUGUAAAAAAUGAGGUGAACUUCUUUCUUUAAUAUUGUCCCCUAAUUUGCUGUCCUCUGUUGUUGCCUCAGAAUGUAAAGCUGUACAGUAAUGGCGACCCCAAAGAGAAAGCAUGAAAGAACCUUUAGAGUAGAGUUCAACAAUUAAGGCAAGUAGACAAGCCAAAGACCUCUUAAGGAUCAGGCUUGAAGAGAAGGGAGAGUUUGGGAAAAGAAAAAGUAAAGAAAAGCUGGAAGAAGGACAAGCCAUAAUGGGAGACAAAGCUUCGCUUUAUCUACAAAAGGGGGAAAAGGUUGUUUUUCAAAGUUAAAGAUAAAGCCAUCUGUCAUUUUUGGCCAAGCAUCUCAUGACAAGUCCUUCUGACAAGCACUUAAAGAGUUAAAGGUCAAGAUGAAGUUGAAUGGUGGCCAAGAUUAAAGGAGUCAUACCUGAUGUAUCCUACAGAAUUACAGUUUUUCUUCUGUCUGUCAUUACCUUAACACUGCCCACAUUUGAAGAUGUCCGUGAUGCAGAAGAUGCUCUCCAUAAUUUGGAUCGAAAGUGGAUUUGUGGUCGGCAAAUAGAAAUCCAGUUUGCACAGGGGGACCGCAAGACACCAAACCAAAUGAAAGCCAAGGAAGGGAGAAACCUGUACAGUUCUUCUCGUUACGAUGACUAUGACAGAUACAGGCGGUCUCGGAGUCGCAGUUACGAGCGCAGACGGUCGAGGAGUCGCUCCUUUGAUUACAGCUAUAGAAGAUCCUAUAGUCCCAGAAACAGUAGACCUACUGGAAGACCUCGUCGUAGCAGAAGCCAUUCGGACAAUGAUAGGUUCAAACACCGCAAUCGAUCUUUUUCAAGAUCUAAGUCCAAUUCAAGAUCACGAUCCAAGUCACAGCCCAAGAAAGAAAUGAAGGCUAAAUCACGGUCUAGGUCUGCAUCUCACACCAAAUCUAGAGGCACCUCUAAAACAGAUACUAAAACACACUAUAAGUCCAGCUCAAGAUAUGAGAAGGAGUCGAGAAAAAAAGAACCAGCUAGAUCCAAAUCACAGUCAAGAUCACAUUCUAGGUCUAGGUCAAAAUCCAGAUCGAGGUCUUGGACUAGUCCCAAGUCCAGUGGCCACUAACAGUGUAUCCAUGUUGGUUUAGGCAUGUAAGAUUCAUUUACACACAGUUCAGUUUACUUAAAUUAUCAGGAAUAUGAUGUUGCAACAGUGCUAAAACUAUUUUCUUUGUCAGUUUUCCCUGUAGCCGACAAUGGUUGAAAUUAGAACAGUGUUGAGAAGCCACAGAGAGAGAGAGAGAGAGAGAGAGAGAUUGUCCACUUGGUUAAAUGUCAUGGGCAGCUAAUGAUUUGGUUGUGGUGUCUCUAUGUAUAUUUUUGUAAAGAUUUGCAUUUUUAAUGCUUAGAUAUUUGGUGAUGACUUGGUUGAUCGUAACUUGCAACAUUGUCCUUUUACAAAUGUCACACCCGUAGAAAAAUUGGUACCAGUUUGUGCUGGGCAGUUAAACCAGCUGUUUAACUGGUUCUUCAACUCUAAACUUUGUGAGAAAAAGGAAAACUGGACAGCUGUAGUGCAACACUGGCUGCUAGGAAAUCAGACUGGCAGUUUGUUUCCGUGGCUCCAGGGCAGGUUUCAGUGUUCUCUGUGCCCACCAGCACCAGCAGGUUGGCAGAUGGAGCUCUGUGGAGGGAGAUUUGGGAGGUUUCUCUUUACCCUGCUGUCUGGAGAGAUGGUACUAACCUUGCAUGUACAACAUGGGCAGAGAGUUGGCCUUGGAGCUCACUCAGAGCCUGUGCAGUGUCGUGACCUGUCAGGAUAGAGGCUUCACUGCCUCUGCCCUGGCUGCUGGUGCUGAAUGUGAGGGAAAAACCCACCUUGAAAUGGAAAAUCUCGAUUCAGAUUUCAGCAAACGGCAGAGCAACUAAAUAUUAGGUUGUGUGUACAUUUUAUGCAGUUUUUUGUAUCUAUUCUCAAUUUUAGUGAGCAGUUAACCAUAAAGUUGCUUAGUUUUCCUGCUGUUAGAUACAAGUAGAUUGUUUGGAGUUGUGUGUGUACAGUAUAUAAGAACUAAACUUUUAUGCCAAUGACUCCUGUGGUUAGUUGGUGUAUUCAUAGGUAUCAAACUGUAGCCAUCUCCCUGGGUUACCAGGCUUGCUUUUUUACACAGCAAAAAAGCAGUUGCUCAAGCAAGUCUGAAUCACUCCUUCCUCAGAAUGGAUAGUGGUUUGGUUACAAGAUUUCAUUUUCCUUCAGAACAAAAGUUUGAAGUUGGAUAUGAACAAGAGCUGCAUCUCUAGUUAUGUAGUUUAUCACGAAUACAGUAUAUUUAGAAAAUUGGACGUGAAAAAUAACAAACCCAGUGUGUAAUCUUCCCAGUAUUUCUCUAGAAGGCAAGAUCCUUUGUUAUGGAAAUGGCUUUUGGCAUUGGUUUUUUUUUUUUAAUCUUUACCUUCAAAAGCCACCAUCAAACACUUAAGUGUUCCUCACUGUCUGAUAUCUGUAGCAUAGAAAGACAUUGAUUUUCAAAAGUUCCUUUUUAGAGAAAUGUUUUAGGGUUUGGGUUUAGUGUUUCAGCAGGGUCUUUAAAGAAGCACAGAUGGCUUUGGGAUCCUGUCAGUGGAACGUGCUUAGGGGUUGAUCCUAGAACCUUUGUACAUUUGAUAGUAUUUCUAACUUUUUCUUUUACUGUUUGCAGUUAAUGUUCAUGUUCUGCUAUGCAAUCAUUUAUAUGCACGUUCCUUUAAUUUUGUAGACUUUUCCUGGAUGUAUAGUUUAAAAAACAGCAAAAAGUCUAUUUAAAACUGUAGCAGUAGCGUGCAGCUCUAGCAGAGGAAAGUUGUGGGAUUAAACUUUGUAUUUCCUUUCUUAUAGAGGCUUCUAAAAAGGUAUUUUUAUAUGUUCUUUUUAACAAAUAUUGUGUACUACCUUUAAAACAUCGAUGUUUUGAUCAAAAUAACUAAAGACCCAGCUUAUUUUCUGCUUGCUGUAAAUUUAGCAAACAUGCUGUAAUAAAAAAAUGAAGGAAAUACUGAUCCACUGGAAUUAUUGUAGCUUUAGAAUUUGACUCCAGAGCAUGGUUAGGAGUAGAGCUAUGCAUCCCUUAUGGAGUAAAAUCCUUACUAUGGUAUUUCAGUAAAGGCAGGAAUUUUUCAUUUAGUGUCUGAAUAAAUGUCACUUAACAUUUUUUGAAGGGGUACAAGACAAACUGAGAACUCUUAAGCAUAAGUUGUACUCUAAUAUAUUGAAUUUUCUUUGCCAUUAUCUUUCAUUAUUGCUGGAUGGACUUGCCCCAUAGGUUAUAAUUCAGAUAUUAUCAGCCAGGUUAUGAAACUACGUAAAAGCAAUGACUGAAGGUUCAUACAGAAUUAAAUUUAUAGUAUCACCAUAUCAAUUUAUGAUUGCCAUGUGAAAACUGGUGCCAGCAGUGGUUCUGUGGGAGGUGGCAAACAGGGAUGGAGCUGCCUGCUGGCACUGCUGUGUGCCCAGCUGAAGGUUCUGCCCUGAAAGACAAAAAUCCUCUGUAAAGCGCUGAUUUGCUUUGAUAAAUCUACUGUCACCCUUUA